UCUCCCCGGGAACUGGGCUGCCCUCUCCUCCAGCACAAUGAGCAGCAGCUUUGUGGGCACCUGGAAGCUGGUCUCCAGCGAGCAUUUCGAUGACUACAUGAGAGCGCUGGGUGUGGGGUUAGCCACCAGAAAACUGGGAAAUUUGGCCAAACCCAAAGUGAUCAUCAGUAAGAAAGGGGAUACUAUAACCAUAAGGACUGAAAGCACCUUUAAAAAUACAGAGAUCUCUUUCAAGCUUGGCCAGGAAUUUGAAGAAACCACAGCUGACAACCGGAAAACAAAGAGCGUCGUAACCUUGGUCAGAGGCUCAUUGAAUCAAGUGCAGAAAUGGGAUGGCAAAGAGACCACAAUAAAGAGAAAGCUGGUGGAUGGGAAAAUGGUAGUGGAAUGUAAGAUGAAAGGCGUGGUCUGCACCAGAAUCUAUGAGAAGGUCUGAGAAAAUCGAUGCCUCGUUGACCUGAUAUUUGCUCAGCUGUUUCCAUGGCAGAGUCUGACUACACUGCAGUUUGCUUGUUCUUGCUUUUAUCUUAAUAGAUCAGACAGGAUUAAUUU